GCUCCUGGGAGCCCAGGGGCAGUUCUGCCCUGGGCUGCGACCGAAAGGCAGCGGCCUGAGAGAUGGAGGAGAAGAAGAGGAGGAGGAGCCCCAAGGCCCCCCCGACGCAGCCGGUGCCCGCGAGUGCCCUGCGCAAGCUGCCCGUCCCCGCCAGCAAGAGCGCCUCCUUCUCCCUGGGGAUGCCGCACCUCCCUUCACCCAAGCCAAGAGCCAAGUUUAAGAGGGUCAACAAGGAGAAACCGCGCCCCCCCCAGCCCAGUGGGAGUGCGGGGGGUACUGUGGUGGCCACCCCCCUGCAGCACUCGUUCCUGACGGACGUCUCCGAUGUGUAUGAGAUGGAGGGGGGUCUCCUGAACCUGCUGAACGACUUCCACUCGGGGAAGCUGCAGGCAUUUGGGAAAGAUUGUUCUUUUGAGCAAUUGGAGCACCUUCGGGAGAUGCAGGAGAAGCUGGCCCGCCUGCACUUCAGUCUGGAUGUCUAUGUGGAGGAACUUGCCGAGGACCAGAAGAAAACCGUGGCUGACAAGAACCUGGAUCAGCUCUUGACAAACCUGGAGGAGCUGAGCAACUCCAUACAAAAACUCCACUUGGCUGAAAACUCUGAUCUGGAAGAUUCAUCCACAGUCUAGAGGAGGGACAGAGAGGAAGCUGCCCGGUUUGUCUCUCGGCCCUUUCCACUGGGAAGCCUCAAAACCAGAGACGCUUGGCUGUGCAAAGCAGGUGCUGGCAAAGAAGCUGCUUCUCAAGAGUCAGAUGCAGCAACCCGCUGUGGCGGGCAGGGC